AAAAAAAAAUUGUGAAUGUUUGAUUUGUUAUAGUAGCACACAAUAUUGUGUGAAAUGCUCAGAUAAGCCAUUAAUUAAAAAAGAUGAUACAAUAAAAAGAGGAAGAAUGUAUUGAAAAUGAUAAGUGUGUCUAUAACAUUCUCACAAGUUUGUGGCAUUUUGACUGUCAGUUUUCAGCUUACGCAAACGAAGUAAUAACAAAUAUGAACUCCUUGGAAGAACUUCAGGAUUUCAUUAAGUCUAAAAACAAUUCUAAAAACUUUAUCAAUGCUUCCGAUGUGCCAAAAAUAUGUAGAUCAGAACCAUGUAUGUUGGGAGUAGAUGAAGCAGGCAGAGGCCCUGUGUUAGGCCCUAUGGUUUAUGGUGUUGCCUACUGUCCAAUAAAAGAAAAGAAAAUAUUAGAAUCCCUAGGCUGUGCUGAUUCUAAAGCAUUAACUGAGGAGAAAAGAGAUGAAAUUUUAUUGAAAAUGCUCACUGAGAAUGAUGCAAUUAAUAAUGUGGGAUGGGCUGCUGAAAUUAUAUCUCCAAAUUAUAUUUCAAAUUCAAUGUACAAAAGAGCAAAACAUUCUUUAAAUGAGGUAUCUAUGAACUCUGCUAUAGAUCUUAUAAAAAAAGUGGCAGAAUGUGGAGCUAAUAUAACAGAAGUCUAUGUGGAUACUGUUGGUCCCCCUGAAAAAUAUCAAGCUCGGUUAAGUGAAAUAUUUCCUGAUUAUAAAAUCACAGUUGCAAAAAAGGCUGACUCAAUUUACCCUAUUGUGUCAGCAGCUAGUAUUGUUGCCAAAGUUACUAGAGAUCAUAGUCUUAAAGUUUGGAAGUUCCAAGAAGGUCUGGAGAUGAGUUAUACGGAGUUUGGGAGUGGUUAUCCUGGUGAUCCCCUGACGAAGAAGUUCAUCAGAGAUCAAAUCGACAAAAUUUUUGGAUAUCCUUUAUUGGUUAGGUUUAGUUGGUCAACAGCAGAAGUUAUGCUACAAGAAAAAGCAGCUAAUUGCAUAUUUGAAGAUGUGGAUGAUGAUGGACAGACUAAGAAAGCAAAUACAAAACCGAUUAGUUCAUUUUUUACUUCACCUAAUGAAAAUGGUACAAAGAAAAGGAAACUGCAUAAGUUUUUUGAAGAAAGAUAUUUGACUAGAGACAAUGCAUUUGAAUAAGAGUGUUUAGAAUAAGAACUAGUAACUAAGAAUAUUUUUUUUAUGUUUUCUAUUAAUAAAAUCCAU